AUGGAACAACUCAACAAUAUAACCCUUUGGGACGUUAAAGAUGUGUUUAAUAAAGUUAAGAAUGUCGUGAUGAACUAUACUGAAAUGGAAGCAAAGGUUCGUGAGGCUACUAAUAACGAACCUUGGGGUGCUAGCAGUACUUUGAUGCAGGAAAUUGCUCAAGGUACCUAUAACUAUACAUAUUUUAAUGAGAUCAUGCCAACAAUUUAUAAGCGGUUUACGGAAAAGGAAGCAAGGCAAUGGAAACAAAUCUAUAAGGCUCUUCAAUUGCUUGAAUAUCUUGUGAAACAUGGAUCUGAAAGGGUCGUUGAUGAUGCUCGAGCACAUCUGGCAACUAUUAAAAUGAUGAGGAAUUUCUGUUUUGUUGACGAAAAGGGAAAAGAUCAUGGAAUAAACGUUCGUAAUCGGGCAAGAGAACUUUCUGAACUUUUAGGUGAUAUUGAAAAAAUUAGGCAAGAACGAAAGAAAGCAAAAGCUAAUAGGACUAAAUUCACCGGUGUUAGUUCGGAUACAAUUGGUUAUGGAGGUUUCAGCGGAUCAUCUGGAUCAUCCCAAUAUGGAGGAUUCGGAAAUGAUUCAUAUGGUUAUUCUGAGUCCCGUUCCAGAUAUGACGACAUAGAUACACAAUGGCAAAGUGAUUAUAGAACUGGAAGGACUUCUCCAUCUGAUGAUAGAAGAUCGAGUCUUGGGACUAAUAAUCGAUCAAGCAUAUCUUCGCUUAAAAAGACUACUGAAUCAUCCACCUCACAUAGUAAUGGUUCAACUUCAACACAAAAAGAAGUGAAUCUAUUCGACUUUGAUGAUCCUCCCGUUACUUCAACCACCUCCAACCAAAUUGUUUCUAAUGAUUUUGAUGAUGAUUUCCAAGAUUUUCAAAGUGCACCACCGCUUAUGCCAUCCUCUCAAAGAUCGUCGAUUUCUUUACAACCUGGUCUCCAAUUUAAUUCAGUUUCACUUAUUCCACCAAAUACAAAUGUAACACCAAUUCAACCCAUUUCAAAUGUACAAUCACCAAUUAAUACCAAUGCCGGAAUAAACAAUAGUUUGCUUGAUGAUUUACUUGGUCCUGUAUCUACAACGCAAUCUACAAAUUUAUCGAUAAACACACCAAAGCCUUCCUCUACACCUUUAAAUACUUCACAGCCUAUUGGUGUUAUUAACGCAACAAAACCUAUUUCACCAACCACACCAAAUCAGAAUAUCAACAACCAAAACAUUGCCUUCCCCAACUUAAAAUCUAAUGAUAUUUGGGCGCAAGCUUCCAAUCUUGUAUCUUUGGAUUCAUUAGGGAAAGUACCUACAUCUAGUACAAAACAAAAUGUUAAACCUUCAAUGAAUUCUCUUGCACAAGCUGAUUCUACAACUUGGGUAGCUAGAGGAACUUGGGCCGCACAACCAGCACAACAAUCUGUUCAACAAAACAAUCAACUUAAUUCUCAACAAAAACAAGAUCCUUUUGAUAUGUUAUUGUGA